GUGAAGAAUGGGAAAUAGUAUGUCUGGAAAACAACAAAAUCAAUGACUGCGAAAAAAAUACUUUUCUUAUUUGCUUUCAUGCGGAUUUCAACAAAAGAUGAAGAAAUGACUGGAUUGACGUCAGUACUGUUUAUGUACGAGACGGGUACACACGUAACUUCUUUGUAUUGACAUUCAACAGGGUAUGGAACUAUUGCUAUCAGAGUUGUAUUGAAGGAAGUAUAUAAAAGAUACAGGUGAGAGAGCUAAGUGAUUUAUAAUUUUACCAUGGAGAAUGAUAAACUUACCACGGAGAAACAUAACUUUACCAUGGAGAAUGAUAAAAUAACCAUGGAGAAAGAUAUACUUCAGACAGAGUUCAAAAAACUUACCAUUGAGAAAGAUAAACUUAACAUGGAAAAUAAUAAACUUAACAUGGAUGAAGAUAAACUUACAAUGAAAAAUGAUGGGAAUAGAGUUAUAGAUAAAGUGAAUGGAGCCUUGACUGGAAACUUGCAAAAGAAAGAAAAGGAAACCUCAGAUGACCCAUUUGAACAUGAGAUAAAGAAAGUUUUGAUGGCAGGAAAAAAUCUAAAGAAAGAACUAACAAUGAAAAAGCCAAUGGGGCUUUGACAAAAACAGUGAAAGCAAAACAUGUGAACAUGGGGGAUAAAACAUCAUCAGAUCAUGGUGAAAUGACAGCACAGAAACAAGCACCCUCUUAUAGUGAAGCAAAUUAUCUGAAAACUCUAGAGUGGAUGGAAGCAAGUUCAAAAGAAUCAUUUGAAAUCUACAGUCGAACAAAACGUAAGUUAUAUGAUUUACACAAUAAACCUCGGGCCAAGAAUUACAGUAAACACAAAGAAAUAGCUUAUGAUUUUUCAAAAAAGAAACCUGAUGUUUAUUUGUUGGAUACAUCAAAAUUCAGAAGUGAUGAUAUUGGAAGUAACACUGACAGUGGUGAAAAUUUAAGGUCUGAUUUGCAGACCAGUGAUCCAGAUGAUAAUGUCCCUCGGUUGACAUUGUUACAGCUGUCUAAAUCAGCUGAAACCGGAAAUGUAAAUGAAGCACACAAAGCUGGUUUUAGAAAUGAGAAACCGAUUCCAGACAAUGUUCCACCUCCCCCACCUCUGUUAAGUCUUGACAGAUCAUGCUCACUGCCACAGGCUCCAUUACCUCUUGAAAGAUCAUGUUCACUGCCACCAAGAUCCUUGACAACAAGUGAGUCGCAAUCAAUCCCUGUUCCACCGCCCCCACCAUCCAUUCAAUGGCGACCACCUAAUCAAAGAGGCAUUGUAACAAGGAGUCCGAUAGUCAGACCAAAAACAAAGCAGUCUGAUCUGACAGACGCUGAAGAACAAUCACCAGGACCAAGUAGUAAUCAAGAGAAUGAUGAUGAUAUUGAGCUAGAGGUAGCUCGAGAAGUGUUUAGAACAAUGAUAGGCAAUGUUCGGCCAUUUAUUCCGAUGGGUGAAAACGAGCCAAAUCCAGACAGAAUGCAGUUGGAGGAGCUUCAAACAGCUAUCAUGGAUUUAAGAUACCUUGAACAGGCCAUGUUUGAAGCAGACGAGUUCAUGGAUCUUGACUUUGAUGAAUUUGGUGGUUUUAAUUUUGAGCUUCCACACUUCAGUGAAAAGAGUGUUGAACCUUCUUUUGCAAGAGGCGAUGAAGUCAUUACUGAAUGUUUGAUAUGUUAUGAUGAAGUGAAGUUGCAUAAGCGACUUUGUUGUGAUUACCCAGCCUGCGAUAACUGUAUGGAGCAGUACAUAGAAACUAACGUUACACAAGGUGUCGUGAAAAUCCCCUGUCUUGGUCAUGAGAGCUGUAAUGCUUUUAUAUACAGAGAUGAAAUUCUCGGAAGACUUUCAGUUCCAAUGAAAGAUAAAUACUAUAAGUUUUUAGUCGACGCUAACAAAGAUCCGAAGGUCAAGACUUGCCCGAGGUGUAGCAAUAUAACUCAAAUAACAGACGAGCAAUCAGAAAAGAAAACAAAGUAUGGCCUGUUAAUCACAUGUUCAGAAUGCCAUUUUGAUUGGUGUUUUGAAUGUCAGGCACCAUGGCACAAUGGGAUCAAAUGUAAAGAGUUCAGGAAAGGGGACAAAUUGGUGAAGUCAUGGGCAAAAGAGAAGCACUAUGGCAACACAAAUGCACAGAAGUGUCCAAAGUGCAAAAUUUUUAUAGAACGCAAAGGGGGAUGUGAUCAUAUGGUAUGCCUGAAAUGUGACACAGGUUUCUGUUACAAGUGCGGAGGUCGGUACCUGGAUAUGAAAGUUUUUCGGGAACCAUCUCAGUCGUUACAGUCCACUGGGAUGUAAAUAUAAC